AUGGUCAAUCCUGGUGCGAGCGAGAAGAACAGUCCGUCAAUGUCGGCCAAGACAGAGCCUAGCACACCUGGAGUGAGUGAUGUUAUCAUCGCUGAGCUGGAAGAUGAUCCUGGAGAUGAAAAGCUUUUGCGUAAACUAGACUGGCACCUGGUUCCAACAAUGACAGUACUUUAUCUUUUGAGUUUUCUCGAUCGAGUAAAUAUUGGUCAAGCAAAACUCGAUGGUCUUACAGUAUCCUUAAAUCUGAGCAGUACUCAAUACAAUACAUGUCUAAGUGUGUUCUUUAUCACCUAUGUCAUAUUUGAAAUUCCUUCAAAUCUAAUACUUAAACGACUUCGGCCUAGUCGAUGGAUACCAAUGAUCAUGGUGUCAUGGGGAAUUGUAAUGACACUGAUGGGUCUAGUGCAAUCGUAUACAGGCCUUCUUGUGUGUCGUCUAGUUUUAGGUGGUGCUGAAUCGGGUCUCUUUCCAGGUGCUAGCUUUUAUCUGUCGAGUUGGUAUAGGAGAACUGAACUGUCAUGGCGUGUUAGUAUUCUUUUCUCGGCUGCUGCUCUUGCUGGUGCUUUUGGUGGCGUUCUCGCCUAUGGUAUCAGUCGAAUGGCUGGUAUUGGAGGGCAAGAAGGUUGGCGUUGGAUCUUCUAUCUUGAAGGUAUCGCAACGGUAGUUGUUGGAGCACUAGCUGUUUUUCUGCUCAACGAUUUUCCUUCCGAUCGACCGAAAUUUCUUACCGAGGCUCAAUGCAUGCGUGUUGUUGCUCGAUUAAAAAUUGAUACUGGUGCUGGAUCUGAUGACCACUUCAGCUGGCCACAAGUUUUGGCCGCUCUAUCAACAUGGAAAAUCUAUGCUUGGUCCAUGUGCUAUAUUGGAAUGUGUGUUCCGUUCUAUUCUCUAUCAUUUUUCUCGCCAACCAUUAUUCAUAAUCUCGGCUUCGUCACUUACCAAGCUCAACUGCUUACUGCACCACCCUAUGUAUUUGCUUUUUUCACAACAAUGAUCACGGCCUAUAUCUCGGACAAAUAUGCUCGACGAAGUAUUUUCAUUAUUUUCUGGCUUUCCAUCAGCAUAGUUGGUUAUUCUAUGUUGAUAGCAGUUGAUAAUUUGGUUGUCAAUUAUAUUGCAGUGAUUCUUGCUGCUGGUGGACUAUCUCCAUGUAUAGCGACCUGUAUCGCAUUUUUAUCAGGCAAUGUUAGUCCACAAGUGAAAAAAGCUACUGCAUUGGCAUUCAUGAUCUCAGUGGGCAAUAUCGGUGGAGUAAUCAGUGGACAAUUGUAUCGUACACAAGAUGCGCCUCGUUUUAUUCUUGGUCAUGCCGUCAAUUUAGGUUUCUGUGCAUUUGGAGUCAUUAAUGCAGUAAUCCUCCUAAUUGGUCUCCGUGCAGAAAAUCGACGACGUGAUCGGGUUUGUGCAACAGUGGCAUCAUUCGCUACACUUGCAAAUGCAGCUUCCGUAUUGUGUGUGACAACCGCAGCACGUCCCAUUGCAUCUGAUCUAGGCAGUGAAGAAGAAAGACGAGGAUGGGGCUACGAGCACUUGUCUGAAAAGGAAAUUCGUAAUUUAGGCGAUGAACAUGUUACUUGGCGAUACAUUCUUUAG